CCCCAACCUCCGCCACUUCCCGCCGACUUUCGUCACUAAUCAUCACCACCUCCUAUAGUAUUGUGUGGGACGAGAUAACUCUACCUUUUCUCAUCAUACAAUCAUGGCCAGCACCGUAGGAAAGACCAUUACUUGCAAGGCUGCCAUCGCCUGGGCUGCCGGUGAGCCUCUGUCCGUCGAGGAUGUCGAGGUCGCUCCCCCCAAGGCCCACGAGGUCCGCAUUCAGAUUCACCACACUGGUGUCUGUCACACCGAUGCCUACACCCUGUCCGGUAAGGACCCGGAGGGUGCUUUCCCUAUCGUCCUGGGCCACGAGGGUGCGGGUAUCGUCGAGUCCGUCGGCGAGGGUGUGACCUCCGUCAAGCCCGGUGACUACGUGAUUGCUCUCUACACCCCCGAGUGCCGUGAAUGCAAGUUCUGCAAGUCCGGCAAGACCAACCUUUGCGGCAAGAUCCGUGCUACCCAGGGUAGGGGUGUCAUGCCCGACGGCACCUCCCGCUUCAAGGCCCGCGGCAAGGAUAUCCUGCACUUCAUGGGUACCUCGACCUUCUCCCAAUAUACCGUCGUCGCCGAUAUUUCGGUCGUCGCGGUGACCCCCAAGAUCGCCACCGACCGCGCCUGUUUGCUGGGCUGUGGUAUCACCACCGGUUACGGUGCGGCCGUCGAGACCGCCAAGGUCGAGGAGGGCUCUAACGUGGCCGUCUUCGGUGUCGGCUGUGUCGGUCUGUCCGUCGUCCAGGGUGCUGUCAAGAACAAGGCUGGCAUGAUCAUUGCCGUCGACGUGAAUGAUGGCAAGGAGGCCUGGGCUCGCAAGUUCGGUGCUACCCACUUUGUCAACCCUACCAAGCUCCAGGGCAAGACUAUCCAGGAGCACCUGAUUGAGAUGACCGAUGGUGGUUGCGACUACACCUUUGACUGCACUGGUAACGUCGGUGUGAUGCGUGCUGCCCUCGAGGCCUGCCACAAGGGUUGGGGUGAGAGUAUCAUUAUCGGUGUCGCUGCUGCUGGCCAGGAGAUUUCCACUCGCCCAUUCCAAUUGGUUACCGGUCGUGUGUGGAAGGGCUGUGCCUUCGGUGGUAUCAAGGGUCGCACCCAGCUGCCCGGUCUCGUGGACGACUACCUGAACGGCAAACUCAAGGUGGACGAGUUCAUCACCCACCGUGAGCCCCUCUCGGCCAUCAACACUGCCUUUGAGCAAAUGAAGGCUGGCGACUGCGUUCGCUGCGUGGUGGAUAUGAAAUAGACUUGUGAUAUGUGACGUAGUUGAUGACGAUCCCAAAAAGGCUCGAUGUGAAAUUAUGAAUUCCCUUUUGUUGUGAUGAACCCGAUGUUGGGUUGAGAUUGAUGAAAAUAUUGUAAACUUUGUCAUCCCACUGGAACCAAAUUGUGGAAGGGAUGUGAAAUGAUUUUAGUAGAAAUUGAAAAGUCCGCAAGGUCCUCAUCCCAGGCACCUUGGGGGUUUGGCAUGACCAUGAACCA